UUUUCAGUGUUGGAAUGUAAUUUGGUGGUUUGUUAAAAAUUAAACAAAAUUUACGAACAGUAGUGAUUCUAUCAAUCAAGUAACUUUCGGUUGUGCUCGGCAAAAUUGUCUACACCGUAGCCAUGUCUUCCACGCCUUCUACUGGCGGCGUCAACUCAUUAGGUGCUCUCCCCCUCCCCAAUGAGAGCCAAAUGGGGGGAGUGAAAGUGCAGCAGAAGAGUCAGAAAUACCCGGAGAGGGAGUUGAAAAUCAGAAUAGAGGACGACUUCUGCUACAACAACAACGUUCUCAAUGCCCCCACGCAGAUUCGAUUAGGCUUCAUCAGGAAGGUGUAUGCAAUCCUGACUGCACAGCUGUGUGCCACUGUGUUCGUCUGCUCUAUUUUCAUGCUCAAUGAGUCAGCGAAGACUUUCAUUCAGUCCAACCAGUGGCUGGUGUUUGUGCUGGCCUUUGCUACUCUAGGAGUUUUGAUUGGGAUGCAGGUGAACAGGAACAAGUACCCCACAAACUUCAUCCUCCUCGCCACAUUCACUUUAAUGGAGAGUGUGAUGUUGGGAUCCCUGGUGACAUUCUACGAUAGUGGUCUGGUGCUGGAGGCAUUUGCCAUCACCCUCUCCCUCACUGUGAUGCUCAUGUGCUAUGCCUCCCAGACUAAACACAACUACACCUCUUGUGGUGCAGCUCUCCUCGUCUCUCUCUGGCUUCUCAUUCUAGCACCACUCUUCCAGCUCUACUUCCAGUCCGACUCUUUUGAGUUGAUGGUGAGUGUGGGCGGUGCAGGUGUGUUUUGUCUCUUCAUCAUUGUUGACACUCAACUCAUUAUGGCCAAAGUGUCCCCUGAGGAGUACAUUGUGGCCUCGAUUGAACUCUACCUGGACAUCAUCAAUCUCUUCAUCUACAUCCUGCGCAUACUCAAGGCCACCAGAAGAGACUGAACAACGGAACUGAACGAAAAUGAACAAAGACUGAACAAACAACAAUUCACUCACUACUCAACAAUUCACCCUUUACUCAAAAUAGUUAAUUUCAAAUCGAUAAGCGGGUUCUAGCUGGAAGGAUCUAUCGAUUUUAGCUGAUCAAAAUUUUGAAGACUAUAAAAAUUAUAUAUAUUUUUCGAAAAUGUAUAUCCAUUUCAAAAAUGUAAACGUAUUGAAAAAAUGGUAAAUCAACAGGCCAAUCCAUUCAAAGAGUGCAUAGACAACGAGCAUAAUUUUUUAUUAUUGAAGCAAAUGAUCAAGAAUCUCAAUGCUUUAACUUGAAUGAAAAAUAUAAUAUGAAGAAAACAACCUUAGUAAUAUUACAUUUCUGAUAUACAUCACUGAUAUAUUUCUGCUUCCUUUGUUUUGGUUGUAAAUUACACGAAUACUUUAUACAACUGGAAGACAGAACCGCGAUAGAAUGAUAGCAUUUUUCUAAUUAAGCACGAAGUGUAGAAUGAUAUAUGCGAUGAGUUUCUGAAAAUAUUGAUUGAAGCGACAAAAUCUUAAAGAGGUAUGAAUUCGCGGUAGUCGAAGUUGGAUCAAUACCAAGACGCGGGAAGUGAUUACCCUUAGUGAUGCUCUUUCUUAUGAUUUGUAGUCUAAUAGGUUCGGAUCUAAGGUUGAUAGUGUUAUGCAGUUUUUGCUUGGCACUCUCAACCAGUAGAUGGGAUUUUUUUGUCGCUUCUGUGGCUUAAAUGUAAAUAUGUUAGAUUAAAAUCUUUAAUGAACCAAUUUUUCGAUGUCAAAGGGAAAUAAAAUUAAUUCUUUCAGUGGAA